AAUCAUCAGAAUAUCUCCAUCACCACCAACGCAAAUGGCUCGUGUCUACCACCACGAACACGAAGGACGAGGAAUGCAGCCGUACCCGUAUCAGCAACAUCCCUACUCCAACGAACCAAUGGCGCACCAGGUGGUGAAAGGGGUCACCUCCGCCUUAGCAGGUGGCUCCCUCCUCGUCCUCUCCGGUCUGACCCUUGCAGCGACCGUAAUCGGACUGACGGUGGCUACUCCACUGUUGGUCAUAUUUAGUCCGGUACUAGUGCCGGCGGUGAUCACCGUGUUUCUUCUGGUAACUGGGUUUUUGACGUCGGGAGGAUUGGGUGUUGCAGCGACCAUGGUGUUAUCAUGGAUAUACUCAUACGUGACAGGUGGACGGCCGAGGGGGUCAGACUCAUUAGACGAAGCAACGGAUAAGAUGGGAUGGAAGGGACGGGAGAUGAGAGAGAGGGGUGAGCAUGGAAUUGCAGGUAGGCAUGAUCGCGAGGGUGGUCACUACCAGCCUUAGACUUAAAGAAGCAAGAUGUGUGUCGUCAGGUGUUUAUUCGAGUGUUUUUUGUUUUAAUGAAUUUUAUGUUAAAAAUAAGGAGUGUUUUACGUAUA